CCUUAUCUUAUAGCUAGAGUGUAAAGGACCUACAACAAUGCCAUCCUACAAACUCAUUUAUUUCGAUUUACCAGGUCUAGCUGAACCCAUCAGAUUGCUUUUUAGUUACGGAAAAGUGCCAUUUAUAGAUCAACGUAUAACCAAAGAAGAAUGGGUAACAUUAAAACCAACGACACCUUUUGGACACCUCCCUAUCUUAGAAAUCGAUGGAGUACCCUAUUCCCACUCUAGAGCUAUCUUCAGAUAUGUAGGCAGUAUAGUAGGUUUGAUCGGAAAAGAUCCCAUGGAAAAUCUAGCCAUUGAUUCAGUUUUGGGAGCAAUGCUGGAUAUACGUGAAGCAAUAGUAAAACUGAGAUUCUGUGAAGAUGAAGCUAAGAAGCCAGAGCUGAAGAAAGCAUUAGAAGAAAGAUAUCAAAGAACUUAUAAAAAACUAGAAGUAGAUGCUGGCAAAAAUGGCGGAUACCUGGCUCUCAACAGGCCGACCUGGACUGACGUCUUGUUUUGUUAUAAUUAUGAAUUAUUGAGGAACGCAUUAGGAAUAGAUGUUCUAACCCCAUAUCCCAACUUGCAGAAAGUUAAGAAAACCGUUUUAUCUCAGGAAGGAAUUAGAGAAUAUCUUAAAAAGAGAGCACCAAAUCCAAUGAAACCCAAAUAUGAAUUGCAACAAGACCUUUAAUUUUUGUAUUUGAUAUAUUUUUAUUAAAACAUAAUUUUAAUUGAGUAUUUAUUAAUAUC